AAGCCCAAGAAUGACUCUUCUGGGAUCCAUAAUCAGUCUCUGCCUAGUUGGAGCAAUGGGCUCCUUGGGGAAUGAGGUUUCAGAGGUGGUGUCAGAUUCAUCUCUCCUGAGCAUGAUUACUGAGGCCAGGCAGCUGGUAGACACCACAUAUUUACAGGCUCGAAAAAGCUUAAAAAGAAAACUGGAGGAAAAGACUGUCAACCCGAUGGAUUUCCUGAAGCACCUGAAGGACCCCAUAGGAAGAACCAGAUCUGCAGUCCGUGCUGCUGAUUACUUGGAAACUACUUUGAAACUCCUCAGAAGGAAGCUGCAUCUCUCUGGGAAACAGCGUUUCAAUGUCACAGACCUGCUAAGCAGGAGACAGAAGGAGAUGAUUUCCAAGGGCACUGGCUGUGACUACCAGACUCGUUCCAUUAAAUGUCCAGAGAGGGACUUCUACCGAACCAUUACUGGGGAGUGCAACAACAGAAAUCACUCCCACCUGGGGUCCUCGAACCGCGCCUUUGCACGCUGGCUCCCGGCCGUGUAUGAGGAUGGAGUGUCUGUUCCCAGAGGAGCAAUUGAAGGAAAGCGCUACAACGGAUUCCCACUCCCACUGGUUCGAAAAGUGUCCAAUGAAAUUGCUCACACAGCCAAUGAGAACGUCACUGCAGACCAGCAGCUCUCACUGGUCUUCAUGCACUGGGGCCAGUGGGUUAAUCACGACAUUGACUUGGCCCCUGCCAGCGGGGAAGGAGCCAGCCUGGAACUCCAGUGCCACACCAGCUGUGCCUUCAAGCCCCCCUGCUUCCCCAUUAAGUUCCCUGCUGACGACCCGCGGAUGCUGAGCUCCGACACCUGCAUGCCGUUCGUGCAGUCAGCCUCCGUGUGCAGCCCCCGCACCUUCCGCCGGGAGCAGCUCAACGCCGCCACGUCCUUCAUCGACGCCAGCACCGUGUACGGCAGCGACGAGCCGCUGGCCAGGAGCCUGAGGAACCUCACCAGCCAGCUGGGCUUGAUGGCUGUGAACCAGGAUUUCACGGACACGGGGCUGGAAUUGCUGCCCUUCGAGAACACGACCCACAGCAUCUGCGUUCUCACCAACACGAGCGCCAACAUCCCCUGCUUUAAAGCAGGUGACAAACGGGUGACAGAAAACCUGGGACUCUCUGCAAUGCAUACUCUCUUUGUCCGAGAGCACAAUCGCCUGGCUACGGAGCUGAGGAAAUUAAAUCCCCACUGGGAUGGGGAAAAGCUUUACCAGGAGAGUCGAAAGAUAGUGAUUGCCAUAAACCAGAUCAUAACAUACAGAGAUUACCUCCCACUCCUGCUGGCUGAGGAGACCAGCAAGUGGAUCCCUUUGUACAGUGGUUACAAUGAGAAGGUGGAUCCAAGGGCCUCAAAUGUUUUCUCCCUGGCUUUCCGAUUUGGCCACACGUCAGUGCAGCCUUUUGUGUCCCGUUUAAAUGAGAGCUUUCAGCCUUUGGGUUCCUUCUCCCAUGUCCCUCUGCAUUUGACCUUUUGUGCUCCAUGGAGAAUCGUAAUGGAAGGAGGCAUCGACCCCCUGAUCCGGGGCAUGGUUGUGGAUCAUGCAAAACUCAUGAAACAGAACCAACUGCUAGUUGAGGAGCUCCAGAACCACCUCUUUGAACAGAUAGAGGUGAUGGGUCUGGAUCUAGGAGCCAUGAACAUGCAGCGGGGAAGAGACCACGGCCUUCCAGGUUACAAUGCCUGGAGGGGCUUCUGUGGGCUCUCCCAACCCCAAACUGUAGAGGAAUUAUCUGAGGUGCUGGGCAAUCCCAAACUGGCCAAGAAGUUCAUGGAUGUAUAUGGGACACCAUACAAUAUCGACCUCUGGAUUGGGGCAGUUGCAGAGCCUGUGGUUCCCCAGGGCAGAGUUGGGCCCCUCCUGUCCUGCAUUAUUGGCACCCAGUUCAGGAACCUGCGUGAUGGGGACAGGUUCUGGUGGGAAAACCCGGGAGUUUUCACUCCACAACAGUUGCAAGCAUUAAGAAAAAUCUCAGUGUCGAGGGUGAUCUGUGACAAUACUCAUAUCACAAAGAUACCCAGGGACGUGUUCAAGAUCAAUACUUAUCCUGAGGACUUCACUGAUUGCCAGGAGAUUGAUGUACUUGACCUCUCAUCCUGGAAAGAUGAGCCUUAGAGUGACACAAAAGGUACCAGUGGUUUGAGAUCUGUCAAAAAUAAUAAAUGUGCUAUGAGGUCUCUCCUAUGCCUAAAGAAAUGAAAGAAUUAAGGUUUCCACAGUGACUCUGCCCCCCAAAAGACAGUGACUGUCCAUUUAGCUACACUCACACAGCACUGGAGGCAGAGGUGCUGUUAACUGGGUUUCUAGGCAAUCCACCACUUUCAUCAUCCCUUAUUCCCUGCCUCUUCCUUUCAAGCAGAUGGGAAAUCCCUCAAAAUCCAGCCUUGUUCUGGACCUUGGGAAUGUGUCCUCUAAAAACCUCACUCCAGGACAACCAUAGUCUUUCCUGACAGGAAAGGUGUUGAUGAGAAAACCAACUAUAAUUAGCCAACCUGCUCCAAGGUCUUUGCUGCUCCAAGUUCCUGAUCUCCCUUCAUCUUCCCCAAAGCUUUAUAUCAGUUUAAGGCAUAGUUUUGUAUGGCCACAGUAUGGCCACACGCCACAUAAUCAAAGGUUAUGAUGUGCCACAGCAAAAGAGUGUCUUUGUCUGAGAGAUGUGGACACCUAGUGUCCUACUGAAACACUUCUGACUAGGGCUCCCCCAGCUGAAAUGAUGUGGGAGAACAGAGACUUGAAGAACGGCCUGGAUUGGAUUAUUUUUCCUUCUGACAACCCAUUUAUAAAUGAUCACAAUACCUGGGGAUCACCUACCCUGUCCUUCUGCAGGGCACGGACCACAAAGGAUCUCCUGUAUUGAGCAUGAGUAACUAUUUGAGGGAAACACUUGCUUAAGACAGGAAUUUGCACUUAAAGGCUAAA